GGCCGCCACCGGCUCGGUGGUUUCGCCGCGCCUCCCAGCAGCUGCGGCCUCGUUCCGCUGGGCGGCCCUGUCAAGGCAUCGACGAAAGGCUUGCAAUGGGAUGUGGAGGAUGCAGAUCUGGAGUGGGGCGGUCUCAUCAGCACCAGCAACUGCUUGGACUCGAAUGGCGAUGGCUUCGU